UACUUCCGCAAUUUCAUCUUCAACUUUGCACUUUCCCUCCCCUUCUCUCUUUCUUUAAGUGUUUACUUUUUGUUGUUGCCAAAUCUUUGGCUCUUUAUUUUUUGCCUUUUCUAUCAAAACUGUCUGCUCAUCUUUUUUCUUUUUCUACUUCCUCGCAAGACGUCCCGACAGCCCGAGACUUUUCUUUUCCUCGCUUCGUUUUGCUUGUUCAUCUCUACUUUUGGUCUUGCUUUGCUUUUCCAUCCUCUUUUUCUUUAUUUCGCUCUUUCCGCGACGUUUUUUUAGUGUUCCUCUUUUCCUUUUUUGGCUUUAUUUACUGCGAUACAAACGAUUGUCCUUGUUUUGCUUUUCGGCAACUUUUUUAUCGUCGCUCUUUUCUUGGAUCUCCUUCUCACACAUCCAUCCUUUUAUUCCUCCGUUUCACAUUUUGCUACCUUGUCGUUUUGAUUCCUUUUCAAUUAAUUUCCUUCCCUUUGCCUUCACUCUUGCUUUGUCGGCUUUCUUUCCCGCUGCUUCCCAACUGACCUUUGUUUUCCUUUUGCCUCAUUCUUUUUCUUUUUCCUUUUUUUUUUCUCUCUAUCUCUGUCUCUGUCUCCCGCACACUUUCUCGUCUUGUAGACUCUCAAUACGAUCUCACUCUUCGUUGAUUUUUCCAAGCUGCUGUUUAUUCCCUCUUCAAGUUUCUAGCUUUGUUUCUUUUUUAAAAGAAUUUCUCUUCUCAAAGCUUUUAGCUUGACUUCAUUCACGCAUUUUUUCGGUCUAGUUUUCUUUUCUUUUCUUUACAUUACCUUUUUUAUUUCUUCUCGUUUAUUUAUUUUCAAGCCUUUAGUUUAUUUAUUGAACGCUUACCUUACGCUUUUCUUCUUUUUCUUUUAUUCCUUUCUUUCCUUAUCCUCUCUCUCUCUCUCUCUCUUUUCUUUUUAUUUCUUCUGUUUGUUUUCCUCCAUCAUUCGUGCGUCCCUCUCUUUCUCUCUCUCUCUCUUUUCUGCCUUGUUUUCGCAAUUCAGCUACUCCCAUUCUUGUCUUUCUUUUUCUCAUCAGAUUCUAAUUGUAUCUGUUUCUCUUACAUUCUUAGCUUUUCAUAUACUUUUCACUUCUUUUCCAAAUGGACUUACAAAGCAUCUUGCAACCCAUAUCGGGUCCCGUUUUCUCAGCUGCUCCUCCUCCCUCCAUACCUACCUCCAUGGCUCCUCCCUCCAGUGUCGCUUUUAACAAUUCUACAGCCAACACUAUUUCGGAUCCUGUGAAGCCUACGUCCAAGUCUGCUACUUCUUCACGGUCACCCACUACCGCAACCUUUCAUUCCUCCUCACAUCCUCCACCUCACAUAUCUUUCUUGAUUUCUUCUCCUGAACCUAGCCAUCCUCUUACUCCCCUUAGUGCUACUUACCAUACACCCAACAACCCGGUUACAAAUCAGCUUUCUCACUCUCAUCAUGCUCCUGCCCUUAAUUCUUCCUCUUCCUCAGCUCCUGCUCGACACCCGGUUUCCAACAUUUCUAACCUGGUCCACCAUUCUCCGCCGAAAUCCACUUUUUCAUCCGACCAACCUUCCCAGACUCGUGUCUCUCCCGCUUCAAGUACUAAAGGAGAACUAAAGAGCUCAAUUUCCCCCAUUCUAAAUCCAACAGAUCACUCACCAAUGAAAACAUCCAAUUCAUAUCCCUCAUACUCAAAUCCAUCUUUGCCUGUCUCUCCUCCGUCAGUCACUUCUUCCAUAGAUCAGCAUCCCAGAGAUUAUACAAAGAAACGGUCCCUUUCCGAUGAAGACAUUGCUUGGCAACUUAUUCGGCUAGGCGGGAGUUCUUCCUCUGAUCGUCGAAAUUCCGAUUCUACUUCCAAAAUUUCGUCUACGAAUGUUAAGUCUGAAAACCCCAUUUCUGGAAAAUUGUCUCUCAUUUCCAAGACACAUCCUUUGGUGGACCCCCAUCAACGUGACUCUUUAAUUUGUGACUCUUUAUAUUCUUUUUCUAAACGUCGACGUUCGAAUAAUGGCUCGAGACAUUCGACUAGUCAGGCAAUUUCAAGCUUUCAACAGCUUACUACAAACAACAGUGAAGAUAAGAAAGAACUCUUAACAAAUCAAAGAUCGGAAAGUCAUCCAAACUCACUCACCAACGCAGGCUCAUUUCCAACUUACUUUGAUUCUUCUUCAUUUUCAAAAAGUCGCUGUUCUCGCUGCCGGCGCUCAAAGAAAGGCUGUGAUCGUCAAAGACCAUGUGGAAGAUGUCGUGAUGCCGGUCUUCAUUUAGAUGAGUGUGUAAGUGACGAUGAACCUUCAACUGUGGGUGGAAGAAAACCAAAAGGUCGUGGGCGCGGUAGACCAAAAACAAGAAACUGAUGCGUUUUCCGUUUUUUUUCCCACUUAUUAUUGCGUCCUUUUCCUUCAUUGCAUAUUUAUAUCAAGUCAUACAUUAUUUAUCUCUAUAUGAAAACUACAUACUACUAUUUGUUCUACUUGCUCUUUUGACCUCUAUUAGAUUCCAUCUUAAACUUAAUUAGUGUAGAUUAAUAUAUAUCCGAAUUCACCAA